AUGAUUUUUUGCCCCAUGACCAUGGAGGUUAAUAGCAAGGAUGAGGAAAGUCUUACCUCCUUUAAAAGGAAUCUCAGGAAGAUGAUUCUGCUAGAGGAAGAGGGUAGAAGGAGAAGAGAAAGCCAGAGCACCCGGAAGCUGGUUUCUAUAAGGGUUGGAAAGAUUGAGGGAAUAAUGAAGGAACCUGGGAGAAAAAUUGUGAAAGAAAAAAGAAGGGUAUUUGAAGGACCAAAGAUGGAAUAUGAGCAAGAGGGAAAAGUAAAAGAAAGAAUAAAGGGCUUUGACAGCCGAGGGAUGGCGAUGGAGGAAAAGGCCCUAGAAGAAGAAGGUACCAAGGACUUUGUUUGUUUGGAAGAAAAGGGAAGUAAUAUACAAGAGGAAAUAUUAGAGGAACGUGUGACAGAAAAUAAGAGCAUCAAAGAUGAGAGGUCAAGGAUUGUGGAGGAAUGUAAGUCAAGUGUCGAGAAGGAGUUUUGUGAGGUUGGGCCCAAAUAUAAGGAUGAAUGUGUGGAUGAGGAGUGUUUCAAAGAGAUUUCUGUUGAGGACAUCAAAAAGAGCCUUUUGGCAGAGCUGGAUGAAGACAAGGAAAGUGAUAUGGAUAUCAUAAACACAGUGGUGAAGUCUGAAAACCCGAUGCAACCUGCACAAGAGGUGAUAUACGUUGAUAAUGAAAGUACUCCUCAGGAGGUAGAGAAGAGUCCAUACGGCGUAGGAUGUAAUAUAUAUUCUUAUGAUACCCAUUACAAAAUCUCUGAUCUGUCCAAAGGAAAUCUUGGGAUUCUGUCACCUUCCGAUGAAAAGGGCCCUUGCACUCAUACAAGUAGUACCUCGGAUCAUGCAAAAGAACUCAGGGAUGGGCAUUCAGAAGCCGAGAUUGUGACCUAUCAGGAUCCCGAAGAGGAGAGGAACGAGAGGGGAUGGUUUUCCUCUAUAUUUGGAUCUAUUUUUUCGAUCUGCUGUAUUAAGUAG